GUCAGUGUGAAUUAAUUAUAUGAUAUGAUGUGUUGAUAUUUUUGCUUGCUAGGUUGCACAUCUUCUGCUGUGAAUACUGACUGAAUAGGCAUGGAGUUAGAGUUUGACAAGUACUGUGUAGUGGAUGGAAGCCCUACAACUGUUCUUCCAGCUCCACGGCAUUGCCCAAAACUUGAAGACAGAAGAUCCAAGAGAAAACAGAAAUAUGGAAACCAGAAACUCUGCCUAAAUCAAGAUUUCACUCAGAAUAAUUUCCAUCACUACCGUAGUGUAUCCUGUAAAGAUUCUCUGUCUCGUUCAGAAUUAGGUAAUGAAGUUCUAAGGAGAGGUUCUGCGUAUUGUAGUUCCAAAGAGCUUAGGCGCUUCCAGAAAACGGAUAAUGCUGGUGAGGAGAGGAGAAAAAUUGAAUUCUCGAGUGGGUGUAUAACAGCUUCUUCAUUUGGCAUUGUUGAUGCUUUGUGUAGUUCAGAGGAGGACAGUUCACAAGUAGAAGAAAACACAUCCUCAGAUAAAGGUGCAUCACUGGGUAACAGAAAAAACAGAUACGAAGGUAAUAAGCCAAGGGAGACAGAUCAUUCUUCUGCUGUUUUUCCCAAGUCAUUAUCUGCCAAGUUUAGAAGAGUGCCUCAUUCGCCUGCUCAAUCAGAAAGUGAUUGCUCAAGAGCUAGUAGUUCAAAGUCCAGGUUCACUCCAAUGAGAAAGAUGUUUGAUCCGUUCAGGAAAUCCAAGUCUCAAAGAAGUCCCCUGAGUAAUAAAUGUAUUGAAUCAGGCUUGGGGGACUUGGAAUGUAAGCUAGCAAGUCUUAAUGGUAAUAAAGGAUCUAGGAAACAUUUGCCACCCAAUUUUUCAAACACAACACAGCAAUUCAAUUGUGGUUCUCUGCCUUCCCGGAAAGGAAGCCACAAUUCACUUGCAUCAUUUUUACCAACUCAUUUGCAUGGCUUCCUCCAGUUGGACAGAAAACACGGGGUGCCUUUUUUUGAGUUCUCAGUAAACUUCCCUGAAGAUGUAUUUCUAGCCAAAACAUGGAAAGUUGGAAAUACUUCAAAUUGGGUAUAUACAUUCUAUUCAGUCCGUAACAGAAGGAAGAGCCAUGGCAGUGGACGUGGAUCAAAUGAUGGCACUAAAGAAUCAUCUCUUUUAGUUGGGCAGAUGCAAGUCUCCAGCUAUUAUUUAUGUAGCAAAGUAAAAAAUGCCACAGGAGUCUCUAAUAAUUAUUCUAUGGUGAUGGAGUUUGUUUUGUAUGAUAGUGCCAAAGCCAAUCCAAGAAAAAGUGUGUCCUCUUGGGGCAGUUCAAGCCCAUCAUCUGUUGUUCCCAAAGGAGGAUCAACUGAAAAUCUUCUAGGGGGUAAUAAUGAAUCAAAGAACGGUGAUGGCAAGGGUCAUACUGGUACCCAUCCUGUGUCUGCAGCUGAAUUGCAUGAGCAGCAGCAGCUUGAAAUUGCAGCCAUUGUGAUAGAAGUGCCAGUAGUUCAAAAGAGAGAGAGUUUGGAAUUCAAAAGUGAGUUUAAGAAUGACCAGUCGACUCUGUUGGGCUUCCCUUUCUUUGAAGGGGCUGAUGGUAAUGUGAACCCUUCAAGGGUGGCUGCAGUGACCCCUUCUGGUAACCAUAGUUUGCCAACAACUGAAAGCCGUGGCCCUUCUCCAUUGCUAGAUAGAUGGCGUUCUGGUGGAGGCUGUGAUUGUGGUGGGUGGGACAUGGCAUGUCCCCUAAAUGUAUUUUACAAUCUAAAUAUACAGAGUGCUGCUGACUGCCCACUCAUAGACAAUGAAAGACCGCUACAACUCUUUAUUCAGGGAAAGAAAGACAAGAUGCCAGCAUUGAGCGUUAGAAGGAUGGAAGGUGGGCAAUAUGGUGUUGAUUUCGACGCUCAGUUAUCUGCAUUACAAGCAUUCUCCAUUAGUGUUGCUAUUUUGCACGCGAUGGAAGCAGCUGCCUUGAGUUGUAUGGAAAAGGAGGAAGAAGGAAGAUCAGAAAUGCAAGAAGAAUCAGGUGAAUUGUUGGGUGAGGAUGAAGUUAGAAAUUCAACCAAAACAGUGAGAGAGGAAGGAAACAAGAAAGUGCAGCAGCCUAGUUUUGUUCUAAACCCUCCAUUUUCUCCAAUUGCUCGAGUGUAGGUGCAGGAGGAUAUGGGUGGAAGAGAAAACCAUCUGCUUCUGCUUCUUUAAGACCACAACACAGUCUUCUGUUCAUAUUGUUAGUUUGGUAGAUUGGAAAACGGUUCAUUCAUUAUUAAUAUUAUUAUGAAAUUAAAAGUAGCUACAUACUACACCAUUCAGUCAUUGCAUUGCUCCUUUUUGUGAUU